CGAAACUUCUAGGGUUCCUGCUUCUGGGUAGAGGGGAGAGGGAGAGAACUAUAAGGGGGCUUUUCGGCUUGGAUAAUGGCCGACGAUGACUACGAUGACGUCGACAUGGGUUAUGAAGAUGAGCCACCAGAACCAGAAAUUGAGGAAGGAGUAGAGGAAGAUCAGGAAAAUAACAAUGAAGACAUGCCGGAUGAUGUUGUAGGAGCUGAGGGCGAGGAAAAGGAGCAAGAACGAGUUGAACGGCCUAGAAAAACAUCAAAAUACAUGACAAAAUAUGAACGUGCUAGGAUUCUUGGUACACGAGCUCUGCAAAUCAGCAUGAAUGCUCCAGUGAUGGUUGAGUUGGAGGGUGAGACUGACCCUUUGGAGAUAGCAAUGAAAGAACUUCGCGAGCGCAAGAUACCAUUUACCAUCCGGCGAUAUUUACCAGAUGGAAGUUACGAAGACUGGGGAGUCGACGAACUAAUAGUGGAGGAUUCCUGGAAGAGGCAAGUUGGCGGGGACUAAGCUGAUGACCAUCAAACCCCUUCUUGUUUCCAUGCUUGCUACAUUUGCUGUGUACCUAUCACACUAGAUUGAAUUAGAUGGAUGGAAGUUGAUUGGAGAAGGAUCAUCUGAAUAGCAUGCUGUCAUAAAACGUUUAAUCACGCAUGCCAACGAAGGCUGUCCUCUUUGGUCAAUUUCACCUAUUUGUGACCGUUGUUUGUAGACUAUGCUUGGCAAAUGUGGUGGUUUAACUACGACACUCUA